AUCUAAUAAUUUGAAUAAUGUAAUUUUAAUUAAAAUUUUAAUACAUUUCUAUUAAUCAAAAGAAAAACAAUUUAUUAUUAAAGGAAAAGAUAAAAUUCGUGCAAUUGCGAUAUGAAUAGUGACAUUCAACCAGUGAAAAAUAACACGUCUAAACUUGAAAACUUAAAAAAAGGACAAAUCUAUAAACGUAAUAAUACCGACGAUUUACAGGUGAUUCAUGGUAUAUCUGAUACUCGUCAAGUACUCGACAAAGUGAAUCAAUCUACUGAACAGAAAUUGAAAUCUAGUUUAGUACCGACGUCUUAUAUCUCGCCUUCGUCUACAAAAAAUAUUGGUUCAGAUAAAAAUCAGAUAAAAAUUCGUAAAUUAGUGGACAGCAAACAAGUCUCAGGGCCAUCUGAUAAAAAGACAUUACUUCUUGAUACUUACGCUCGUAUUGCUGCUACGAAUAAUAGACGUUGUCCUAAACGGUUGCGUGAACUUGCUAAACCGAAGAGACAAGCUCGUAGCAAUGACUAUUCGGCGAAUUUUGAUCUAAACUACGGUCAUGCAACUAAAACUUACAUGACUGAAAUGAGACGCAGCUUAAAAGAAUCGAAGAAGAAAUAGCUUGCUUUAUCAUAUUACCAAGAAAUAUUUUAAGUAAUUUUCCAGCGUUAUUAUUACGAUUUUAGAGAACGUAAA